UCGGCCUAAUUGUAAAACCAUGUAACUCCACGAAAAUCAGUUUCGAGUUUAUUAUACCAAAUUGUUGUAGAAAAUGCUCUACACCAAUGAUAUAAACCUCGUACCUCCAAAAAAUUCGUUAAAUUUAAUAAAAAGGAAUUUCCAAACCACGUAUCUUUUGUUAGGGUUUUUUGUUAUUUCCAACCCACUAACUCCUAGUUGUCCAUGUGUUAGUAAUAGGCAUGUCAACAGUGCUCUACCAAGUGGUUUUUUUAUUACAUAUUCAGUUUUUUAACAAUCGUGGUUGAAUACACUGACGAAAUGAGUUCAAGAGCACGAAAGAUAUUAAAUUUGCUAAAAAAUGAAAAACAGGAGGAAAAAUCUCUCAUGAAUCAAGACCAUUCCAGUUUUGUUGCUGAAACAUCCUCUUUAAAAGAAAACUAUGAUGCAUUGAAUUGUGAUAUAAUGGAGUCCUCGACAGAUCGUACUGAUUCUGUUAUUGCUAGCCAAGUAUUUAUUGUGCAGGCUGAUGGAUCUCUUGUAGAGAUAUCUAACGCAGUGACUAGUAUUGAUACUACCACUGUUAUUGCUAUAGAUUCACUUCCACCUUUGUAUGAUAGUAUGAUUCCAAGUGAAGGAAUAUCAGAUAGCAAUGUAUUUCCUAAUGUAACUGAAGAAACAAAUGUUGGGGUUAUAGAAGAGAACACGUCAAUUAUUGACAGCACUGUUUCACGACAAGUUUCUAAUGUAAUCGAGGAAACCAUAAAUGAGAUUAUACAAGAAAACACGUCAAUAAUCAUCGGCAGCACCGUUUCACUUCAAGUUCCUGAUAUAAUCGAGGAAACAAAUAAUGGGUUCAUAGAAGAGAACACGUCACUUAUUGAUAGCUCUGUUUCACAAGCAAAUGAAAAUGAGAAUACAAUAAAUAUAGCUGGCGAUAACAUUAAAGAAGAGCGUAGAAAAAGGCACAAGGUUAAUGAAAGGAAAUGGGAGAGCAAGACAGCAAAGAUUUUGAGAGAAAAGGGCGAGGAAUACCAACGAAGAAACCUGAUAGAUGGAAAGUCAAAAUUUUCCGUUAUCAAGCCCCAAAGAAAAAUGAAAGAUGUGAAAUGUAAGUGUAAAAGUCUCAAAUUCCACUGUGCUUCUUUAUCCAUUGAGCAGAGGAAAAAAAUAUUUCAACAAUUUUGGGAAAUGUCGUGGGAAGCAGAAAGGAUUUAUGUUAGAGGGUUAAUAGAUGUGAAUUUAACGGGGAGAGCACGUGACAGGAAAGAGCCAGGACAAUCGAGGAGACAAUUCACUUAUCAAUUUCAUUUGACAGUGGACCACAGCAAAUUGCGUGUUUGCAAAAGUACAUUUUUAGCAACGCUUAGUAUCGGUGAUUGGAUGGCAUUAAAUUGGAUAAAAGACAGAAAAAGUGAUGAUAUUAAUGAUAAUGAAGUAAUAAGUGAAGAUGGAGAUAUUACGAAAACAAGAAAUAAAAGAAGAAGACCACAGAAAAAUGUUAAAUCAAAGCGAAAUGAAUUGAUUGAAAAAAAUAUUUCUAUGAAAGAGUUUUUCUCGACACUCCCAAAAGUUGAGAGCCAUUAUUGUAGAUCAUCAUCAAAUAAACUGUAUCUUGAACCAUGUUGGUCAUCAAAGGCAAAAUUGUAUGAAUUUUACUGCAAUGAGAUUGGUGUGGGCAGAGAAACAUGAAUCCAUUAUCCAGUUGUACGUUCCAUAAAAUAUUUGAGGACCUGAACCUUAGUCUCUACAGACCAAAAAAAGAUCAGUGUGACAGGUGCAUUUCAUUCAAACAUAAUCACAUUGAUAAAAGCAGCUAUGACGAUCAUAUGAAAAAAAAAGAAGAAGCAAGAAAAGCAAAAGAAUUUGACAAAGCUAAUGAAGAACAUGUCUACACAGUCGAUUUACAGUCGUUACUUUUAAGCCCAAAAUCCAAUGCAUCAGCAUUAUACUAUCGAAGCAAAUUAUCUGUACAUAAUAUGACAUUCUUUGACUUGAGAUUUAAGGAUGACUAUUGCUACUUAUGGAAUGAGAGUGAAGGUGAACUCACUGGAAAUGAGUUUGCAAGCAUUUUGACACACUUCAUUGUUUCCCAACUACCUCUAAGAAACAAUAGUGAUAAAGUGAUAAUUUUCAGCGAUGGUUGCAAUUAUCAAAAUCGUUGUGCUAUAUUGGCAAAUGCACUAAUGCAUUUAGCAAAACAGUAUAAUAUUGUCAUAGAACAAAAAUAUUUAGAAAAGGGGCACACCCGUUUCUAUGGGAAAUGUGAUUCAAUGUGACUCAAUGGAAUGUGAUUCAAUUCAUUCAACAAUUGAGAGAUAUCUGAAAAAUAGAGAUAUACAUGUUCCAGCUGAUUACGCAGAAGUAUGUUCCAAGGCCAGAAAGAACCCCAGGCCUUAUAAAGUUCAAUACUUA